CGAGCUAUCCUUUAAAUAACGCUUCAAAACCGAUGUGGACUCGAUAAUCUAACACGGUGGUGCCGCCUUGUCAUGAGACCGAGGCUUAUGUAACAUUUUUGUCCGUGAAUUUAACCAAACUGUGCACUGAUUACAAUUGUUUACCUAGGUCAGGAGGAUAAAGUAACUCACGUCCAGGAUGCUCCGACGCUGCUCGAGCCACCUGCAGAGCCUGUACCGGCGGCAGCCGGUGCGGCUCCGCUCCACCAGGGUCCUUGCCCUGCCCCGCAACACCGUCGUCGCAACUAAGCAGGCGCUCCCACUGGUGUCCCACAAUCAAGUGGCGCCCAUCCACUUCACCAGCCCCCUCUGGGAGACGCAGGACGUCAUGACGCCCGGCUUCCCCGACUCCGUGUCCGAGGGCGACGUCAAACUCGGCAAGAAAGUCGGCGACGCAGUCGCCGCCGACGAGGUCGUGCUAGAGAUCGAGACAGACAAGACCGCUAUACCUGUCAUGGCGCCAACCCAUGGUAUAAUUAAGGAGCUGUAUGUGAAAGAUGGUGAAACUGUUAAAGCGGGACAGAAGCUGUUCAAGCUUGAGAUUACGGAUGCGGCGCCGGCUAAAGCUGCGCCUACACCCGCGGCUGAGCCGCCUAAAGCUGCCGCUCCACCGCCGCCACCACCCCCAACACCAGCUGCGGCACCCCCACCACCACCGCCAGCGGCCGCCGCUCCUCCACCACCCCCUAGACCGGCCACACCUCCCGCAGCCCCUAUCUCAUCCAUCCCAGUUGCUGCUAUUCGUCACGCGCAAGCGAUCGAAACCGCCUCCGUCAAAGUUCCACCCGCUGAUUACAGCAAAGAGAUCGCCGGUACACGCACGGAGCAGCGUGUCAAAAUGAAUAGGAUGAGGCAGCGUAUCGCCCAGCGCCUCAAGGAAGCCCAGAACACCAACGCCAUGCUUACAACCUUCAACGAACUCGACAUGUCCUCCAUCAUGGCUUUCAGGAAGAAGAACUUAGACGCUUUCACUAAGAAGCACGGCGUCAAGCUGGGCUUGAUGUCGCCUUUCGUAAAAGCUGCAGCUAACGCGUUGAUGGACCAGCCUGUGGCCAACGCCGUUAUCGAAGGAAAUGAGAUUAUCUACCGCGACUACGUUGACAUUUCCGUAGCUGUAGCGACUCCUAAAGGUCUAGUUGUACCUGUGCUGAGAAACGUUCAGAACAUGACCUAUGCUGAUAUCGAGUUGACUGUAGCAGGUUUAGCGGAGAAAGCUAGAGAUGGAAAGUUGACCGUUGAGGAGAUGGACGGUGGCACUUUCACCAUCAGCAACGGAGGAGUCUUCGGGUCUUUAAUGGGCACUCCGAUCAUCAAUCCGCCUCAGUCAGCCAUCCUGGGUAUGCAUGGAAUCUUUGAGCGACCCAUUGCUGUGAACGGACAAGUAGUCAUCAGACCGAUGAUGUACAUCGCGCUGACAUACGACCACAGACUAAUCGAUGGACGCGAAGCGGUUAUGUUCCUAAGGAAAAUCAAGCAGGGAGUGGAAGACCCGACCAGCAUUAUCGCUGGCUUGUAAAGUACUGGCCAGUUGUGAUUGUGAGUUACCAAGACAUAGACUCAGCUGAACUUUUUUUGGCAAAGGAACUUAACUUGCCAGCCAAGUUAUUUUAACUUUUGUCAUUCGACACUGACAAGACGUCAUUUAGUCAUUUCAAUUUAUUCUCCUAUUUUUCUGAUCUAAUUAUUUGUCUCAAGAAAAAAAUCAUUAUGAUUGUUUGUGAAUGUUAUUUAUAUGUGUUAGUUAAUUUUUGCAUGGAUAAAUCCAUGUAAUAAACGGGUUAAUUAAAAGACAAGGCUGAGUCUGUGUACCAUCUAAUAUGCUGGCAAUAAGAAAAUUGUGAAGAUCAUGUAAAUUAUGUUUAUUAGUAGUAAUCGAACUGGCACCGUGGGUGUAUUUAUUUUACGUACGCUCGACUGUAUGUGAUUGUAUUAUUUAUCAUGUUUUAAGUAAUAAUAUACGAAGCAGUACAUUUCUCCUAUGUGA